GCCUCAGGGUGGGUUUAGAUAAUAAAGGGCUGUGAAACUACUGAAGUAAGGUUUUCAAUUUUUGCUCUCGUUGUUAUUUCUGUACUAAAGCUCAUUGAAGUUUACAAAGUUUAUUAAAUGAAUAGUAUACAGUCUAUAGAAUCAUGGGGAACAUUCAAACCAACGAUAAGCAAUCCAAAACUGGAAAAUCUCCAGCGAAGGGUAAACAUUUUAUGAGAAACUUGAACAGGAAGUCUCCAGGAAGGGACAGCAAAAAACAUGGACGAAAAAAGAGCGAUGCCAAACGUGACGCGAUCGACAGAGAGUUUGAUAAAACGCCGGACUCCGAUAUCAACGAACCGAUCGAACCAUCAGAUAACGAUACGGUCGAGUGCGUGUUCAAAACACUGCGGCAGGGGGAGCGCGCGGAGUCGCCGAGCGUGCAGUCAGAGGUAACGGUGACCAGGUGCGAGGCGCGCGCCCAGCCGCGGUCACCGACCCGCGACCAGUUGCCCGCCGCCGCUCCGCCGCCGCCGGCGCUCUCGCCCGCCAACGACUCCACCUCCGACUCAGUGUUUACGGAUCCGCUGACGCCGCUCGCCGUCGAGCUCAACCUGUGCUACUACUCCGCCGAGAGCGACAGCGCGCACGACGACUUGCCGCGCACCCUCACGCCCUCGCUGGCCGACGUGCCCGCGACUGUCGUCCCAGCCAUGACCGUAGACUUGCCGCACCAGGAUGCCACCUCCUCGCUCUCCGCCGACGACAUCGAAAAAGAAGAAAAAGAUGACGUAUUUGAUGACAGUGCUGACAAAGCCGAAAAUGAGAAGGUUAUGGGCACAUUAUUCUCGGGGUUUUGUGGCUACCACAGAGCGGACAGAAACUUAGAGAGAAACAAUCACGAAUGCAACAAUGAGUUUAGCGACAACAGGCUGAAAGCUAGUUCUGGGCAGACGUUUACGCUGUCAAAACAUCGGAAAGUGGAACUGCCUCCAGUCGCUUGUGAACCAUCUCUCAAUUUACUAGAUAACGUUGCAUCAGAAAAAGACCGGCGACAUUCGAGUGUGAGUGACGCUCCAAUGUCUGAUUCGAAUGUCCUGAGGAAAGUGGCAUCCCUCACGCUUGAUAAACUCACCGAGACGAAAGUAGUGCGACCCAAGUUCGUCCCUGACAAGCUAGAUUUCAAAUUCUAUGAAAAGUUUGAAGGUCAGAUGCUCCUGAACUGGUUUGUGUCUUCAAUAACUGAUAACACCCACCUGAAAACCUUAUUGAGUGUUCAAGAUCUGAGGAACCUUGGGAUACAAUAUUGUACCCAUCUUCUUGCUGCAGGCGUGCUAAGACAGAUAUCAGACAAGGAUGCGCCCACAGAAAACGUAUUCAAGCCAAAUUUAAUGUACUACUGGGCUCAUAUGGAGGUGCCGGCGCUACAACCAGUCACCCCGGGCAGGCUGCACACGUCUGUUUGGCCGCCUGAUAAAGACUCACCCUACAUUACACAGGAUAAUCAAAGAGACUUAGAAAACAACAAAUUCUUUAGUCAAAACAAUAAUGAAGAAAUAAGUGACAUAGAUGAAGCCAAACAAGUUAUAUCUCAAUUGAAAAAGAAACUCCAAGAACUAGAAUAUCAAAUAGAAAAAUAUAGAAUAAACAGUCAAAUUGAAUCACUCAAUAAGAACCUAGAAAAACGACUUGAUUCUAUCAGUGAAUAUAAUUUAAUUAGAAAUAAAACAGAAUUAUCAAGCAAAGAAGUCCAAACUUCUAAUUUUGCCAAUGAAAUAAAUAAGCUAUCAAAUAAACCUGUGAUAAACAUACCUGAAUAUGACCCUCUAAGAACAAAUGUAAAUAUUGAUAAAGCAUUAGAUUUAAGUAGUUUAGAACAUAGAAGUGAGAUGGCUAUUGCAAAUAAAACUGAUGUAAGAUCUGAAAAAAUUGUAAAUUAUUGUAAGUUGAAUAAAAGUAGAGAUUGUAAUAAAAGUUAUCGCAAAGACGAUGCAUUGGAGCUUAAAGACAAUACUACUAGUACAGAAGACUCGAAAAGGAAUAGUUACAAUGAAUUCACCCCUGAGCAAACAAGUGCUUGUUCAUCAGAUGCUUCAUUCCUAAGUACAUAUGCAUCCACUGAUUUAAUCACAAGUGCAAAAAGUUCCUCGGACUUGGAAAAGAAUGAAGAUUCUGUUGUUUUAAAGAAUGGCCCAACUGUUAUGAGUAAUCCACCUACACAAGUUUUAUAUACAACAGUUGAUAGAAAACAAAAAGCCUCGCCUGAAACAAAUAAGUUAUUAGUUGAACCUUCAAGUAUUACAUUACAAAGUGAGAGUGUUUUGAGUGAAGAAAAUUCGAAAUGUUCAUCUCCAGAAGAGAAGACUAAGGCCGUAGCUACAGACACUUCUGUAAUUGAAAAAGCAAUGCCAGCAGAUUCUAAACUAGCUAGUCAAACUCUUCCUUUCCACCCUCCUCCUUCGCCGGGUAUGCCACCACCUCCGCCACCGAUGCCAGGAACGCCACCUUUAUCCCCUGUGGGCUCUCCCAAAUCAGCAACACCAAUGAACAGCCAAUUUCCAUCGCUUUCCCCAACUGCGAGGCAGCCAUCUCCGACAAUGCCGACAGCACCAGCUGGACUAGUCCCACCUCCCCCACCUCCACCUCCACCAAUGUCUGGAAUGGGACCCCCACCUCCACCAAUGCCUGACAUGGGUCCUUCACCGCCUCCAAUGCCUGGUAUGGGACCCCCGCCUCCUCCAAUGCCUGGUUUAGGCCCACCACCUCCUCCCAUGCCUGGAAUGGGCCCACCACCGCCACCAAUGCCUGGAAUGGGACCUCCACCACCUCCAAUGCCUGGAAUGGGACCCCCGCCUCCUCCAAUGCCUGACAUGGGUCCGCCGCCACCUCCGAUGCCUGGUAUGGGCCCACCACCUCCGCCAAUGCCAGGCAUGGGACCUCCGCCUCCCCCAAUGCCCGGUAUAGGGCCGCCGCCCCCACCUAUGUCGGGAAUAGGCCCCCCACCACCGCUGAUGCCUGGAAUGGAUCCUCCUCCUCCACCUGUCAUGGGUGCCGUACCUCCGCCACCUCCUCUUUCGAGUGGUCCUGUACCAUUCCCAGCCCCACCAGUUGGAGGAUGGAACGUACAAAGAGCAACCUUACGAAAAACUCCAGUGAAACCUGCUGCACCCAUGAAACCGUUAUAUUGGACACGAAUAUUAGCAACCACCCCACAACCUACUAGCCAUGGGGAAUCCUUAACAGGAAAUUUUAAACCACUCUGGUUGGAAAUAGAAGAAACUAAAUUGGAUAAUAUUGAUGAAUUCACAGAUUUGUUUUCAAGACAAGUUGUUAAAGCGCCUGUAAAGAAGAAAGUCGAGGUUAAAACGAAGAUACAGCCGAUUAAGAUACUUGAUAGCAAAAGAUCGCAAAAUGUUGGUAUAUUAGCUCAGAGCUUACAUGUUGAGUUCUCAGAAAUUGAGAAUGCGAUAUACAAUUUCGAUACUUCGGUUGUUAGUUUGGAAGCUUUACAUCAGAUUUACGAGCUGCGGGCCUCUGAAGAAGAAUUAUCUUUGAUAAAGGAACACUUACGGUCAAAAUCCGAUGUGCCUCUGGACCGACCAGAAGCAUUUCUACAUGAUCUGUCUGGUAUACCAAAUUUCGCUGAACGAAUAUCUUGUUUUAUGUUCCAAUCGGAAUUCGAAGAUGCUGUUAGCACAACAAUGCACAAAUUAGAUAAUUUGAAACAUACUUGCGAGUUUCUUAUGACUAGUGAAUCUCUAAAGAAAUUGUUUGCUAUAAUUUUGACUCUUGGCAACUACAUGAAUGGUGGUAACGGACAGAGGGGACAAGCUGAUGGCUUCGGUUUGGAGAUACUUUCCAAACUUAAGGAUGUAAAGUCGAAGCAGUCGAACGUGACGCUGCUGCACUUCAUAGUCCGCACGUACAUGCGCGGCGCGGGCGGCGCGCUGGCGGAGGGCUGCGCGCUGCCCGUGCCCGAGCCCGGCGACGUGGCGCGCGCCGCCACGCUCGACUUCGCCGACGUGGCCGCGCAUCUCGCCGCGCUCAGGAACCAGCUCGAUGCGUGCAAAGAAAAAGUUAAGAAAGUGCUGGAAACCGACGCCGAAGCACGUGGUUCUAACGAAGAAUCCCCUACGGACGAAAGCAAAAGACGGCUUGAAGUAUUCAGAGACAAGAUGUCUGCAUUCCUAAACUCUGCCGAAGAGAAAUUAAAGACUGAAAACGAAAACUUAGAAGAAUGCCGUACGAAGUUCAUUGCGACGGUUAAGUUCUACCAGUAUAACCCGAAAUGCGGCAAACUGGAAGACUGCGAACCGAAAGAUUUCUUCUCACUAUGGACCUCAUUUUGUAGUGAUUUCAAAGAUAUUUAUAAGAAGGAAGAACAAAUUGCUAUAAAGGAGAAGUUAAAAGAAGCGAAAAAGCUCCAAGAAGAAAGAAAACCUAUGACUCAGCCCAAAAAGGAGGGUGGAUUAAAGUCACGACUACAGAAGUUGUCUAGUACUAGAAAGUAAUGCAAAGAAAUAUCGGAUAUUGUUUUGGCCAUCUGUUUCUGCUGUUUGCACUGCACAAAGCAACUUAUUUUUUUGCAUUCCUGAUGUAACAUUCCAUUUAACAAACAUGUUUAUUAUAUAAUGGAUUAACUAACGAAACUACUUAUACAUUCCUUUUAUGAAACUUUAUUUUUAUGUGAUGAAAUGAGUCUCAUAUCGUGUACAAUAUAUUGUACUAAGGCCUACUUGUAAUCAUGGCCAAUAUUAUUUCUGGAAUUAAGUUCUCUUAAAAAGGCCUUUUUAGACAGUCAGUAAGAUGUAUGCUGUAUUUAUGAGCUAGUAUACUUGCUACCUGCCAGCUUGCCAAGACACUGAAUUUAUUAGAUUGCAGGAAUUAACUUAAGACGACCAUAUUGUUGUUCAUAUCAAUGUAAAAUUAUAUUAAAAAUUAAUUAUAGAUGUUUCUUUAAAGCCUUUUUUAGUCGGCGAAAGAUGCGUAAGAUUCAAAAUUCCUAUUGGUUUUUGUUAGUCAAAACUAUAAAAUAUUCUGCACAUAUUUAAUUGUACCUGAUAUGUUUUUAAUGCAUUAUUUUAAUUUAAAUGCCCGAUUAUGUGCAUAGUUAUUCAUCUAAAAAUGGUGCUGUAACAUUUGUUGUAUCUGUAAAUAUUAUUAUUUAAACAAUAUAAAACUCAAAUUUUAUUAUUUAAA